UUGGCACCUCGGACGGCCGCGGCGGCGGCGGCGAGAGAUGCCAAGGGCCAGUAUCUGUUUGAUCUCCUUUGCCAUCACUUAAAUCUCCUGGAGAAAGACUACUUUGGAAUCCGCUUUGUAGACCCAGAUAAGCAGAGGCACUGGUUGGAAUUUACCAAGUCUAUUGUGAAGCAACUGCGAUCACAGCCUCCAUUUACCAUGUGCUUCCGGGUGAAAUUCUACCCAACAGAUCCCGCUGCCCUGAAAGAGGAAAUCACCAGGUAUCUCGUCUUCUUGCAGAUCAAAAGAGAUCUGUACCAUGGCCGCUUGCUCUGCAAGACAUCCGAUGCUGCCCUGUUAGCUGCCUAUAUCCUUCAAGCGGAGAUCGGUGACUAUGACCCUGGAAAGCAUCCUGAGGGGUACAGCUCCAAGUUCCAAUUCUUCCCUAAACAUUCAGAAAAACUGGAAAGAAAAAUUGCAGAGAUCCACAGGAUUGAGCUCAGUGGUCAGACGCCAGCUACUUCAGAACUAAACUUUUUAAAGAAAGCCCAGACCUUGGAGACGUAUGGCGUUGACCCACAUCCAUGCAAGGAUGUGUCUGGAAAUGCUGCCUUUCUAGCAUUCACUCCUUUCGGGUUUGUUGUCCUUCAGGGAAAUAAACGCGUUCAUUUCAUCAAAUGGAAUGAAGUGACAAAAAUGAAAUUUGAAGGCAAGACAUUCUAUUUAUAUGUAAGUCAGAAAGAGGAAAAGAAAAUCGUUCUGACUUAUUUUGCUCCAACCCCUGAAGCUUGCAAGCACCUAUGGAAAUGUGGGAUUGAAAACCAAGCCUUUUAUAAAUUAGAAAAGUCAAGCCAAGUUCGCACAGUAUCCAGCAGCAAUUUAUUUUUCAAAGGGAGCCGGUUCCGAUACAGUGGCCGAGUAGCUAAAGAAGUGAUGGAGUCUAGUGCCAAGAUCAAGAGGGAACCUCCAGAAAUACACAGGGCUGGCCUGGUACCUAGCCGUAGCUGCCCUUCCAUCACUCAUGGGCCACGGCUAAGCAGCGUUCCCAGAACUCGAAGGAGAGCAGUGCACAUCUCUAUUAUGGAAGGCCUUGAAUCUCUGCGCGACAGUGCCCACUCUACCCCAGUGCGGUCCUCCUCCCACGGCGAUGCCUUCAUGCCACAUUCGCGGGCCAGCAGAGCCGAGAGCAGUGAGCGUGUGGCCAUCAUUUCAGACGAGAUCUACAGUCCUUCAGACAGUGUGCUUCCGACACCUGUAGCGGAACACAGCCUCGAGCUGAUGCUGCUCUCCAGGCAGGUCAACGGAGCCCCUUGCAGUAUAGAAGAAGAAAAGGAGUCUGAAGCCAACACACCUACGCUGGCCGAGGCCGAGGAACUGGGAGGGGAGCUCCGAGCCUUGUGUCAGGGUUUGGGCAGCACUGGUGGAGCACAAGCAGAACAGGUGAAUAAGUUUGUUUUAAGUGUCCUCCGUUUGCUCCUUGUGACCGUUGGGCUCCUCUUUGUUUUGCUUCUUCUCCUGAUCAUCCUUACUGAGUCUGACCUUGACAUUGCCUUUUUCCGUGAUAUUCGCCAAACCCCUGAGUUUGAACAAUUCCAUUAUCAAUACUUUUGUCCCCUCAGGCGAUGGUUUGCCUGCAAAAUCCGCUCCGUGCUGAGCCUGCUCAUUGACACCUGAAGGCAGGACUUCUCCUAGUAACUAGCCAGGUGGAUUGCAGAAGAUCCCUGCUACCCCUUCCCAGAAAACGGGACACAUCGUGGCACCAUCGGCAUAUAAAAUAAACCCUCCUUUCAUGAAUCCAAGUACACUGCAGCCUAGGAGAGUUGUUUCCAAGCAGAAGAAAGAGAUAGACUCAUGCUAGAUUCAAUAUACAGUAUAUAUAUACAUAUAUAUAUGCGUUUCUUUACAGGUCCUCCUCCUGGACGUUUCCUCAACAGGUCUGAUUUCCAACUUUUAAAUUGUUCUGCACUCUUCAAAUUUCAUUUUAGAUUUCGUAAGAGGUGUUCACGUCAAAAACGUCAAGGAAGUUUAUUUUAUGACUACAAUGAUUGCAUUAAAUGCGUCUCCAGCUGGGACACUAGUUAAGAUAGCUAAUUACUUUAUGCUGGAGCUUUUGUAAUGGUGCUAAUGAGUUGUCAUUUUAAUAUUCUAUAUUAUUAUUUUAUGAAAACUGCCACUGUGCACAGCACUACCACCUUAAAAACGGUCAUUUGAAAAUAUGGUAAGUUUCUGUCUUACGGAUUGAAUUCUUGGCUUAACACAGAGCCCUAGAGUAAUGAGAGUGUGAUAGGGAUUAAGAUUUUGACACCAUCACCCCCCGCAUUUUCAGUGCUUCUCAAGCAACAGGUAGGCACGAGAGAGGGAGGUAGUGUCAAGGUCUAUUUUCUCCUUCACAUGGAAAGUCGCCGUAGUGCAAGACCUUCCUUUUCGGGUUUUUGUUUUGUUGACAGACCCUUUCAAAUCCCAGAGAAGAGAACUUUUCAUAGAACAGCCAAGUCCCCAGAUAAAACAUGGGUUAGCAAACAGGGGGGAAAAACAUACAUUCAAUCAAAUCUGGCCCACUCUUGCUCUUGUACUGGUGAUCCUAUCUGGAUUUGCUCUGGAAAGCUGUACUUGUUUUUGUACUAUGAAAUAACUUGUUUCAAGCUAUAUUUUAAGGGGGAAAUUAUAUUUUAUUAAUGAGGAAAUAAAAGUCUUUUUCACUUUAUGAAUUGGGUACAUGUAGUCGCAAACAAAAGAUAGUGAAUAUGGUUUUUUUAGUGGUAUUUGGGCAUCAUCUUAACCCAUUCAUAAUUUCUGGAGGAAAAACUUGUGCUAUUUUAAAAAAUAAAGAGAAAUAACAUUACAGCAGUGGAGGAAACACAGAAAUAAAAAACAAGUAGAAUAACCCAACCAAUGCUAUCUCCAAACUGAAGGGAAGUCGGGGGGGGAGCCCCAUUUUGUCUUGUGUUGUGGGUAAUGGUCAUGUGACGUUAAGAGUCUGCACAACAGUCACCUAUAUUUAUUUGUACAGGGAGCAAUAAAAAGCGUGAGUUCAGUUCCAGGUGAGCAGGACACGAGAAUGCGGUCAGACUGGCAAGUGUUUUAUUUCAUCUCAGGGAGAGAUUUCAAGUCAUCUGGGAAUCUGAUCAGAAAUAUUUCAAGAGGCUGGUUUCAUUAUCAUGUCUCCAACCAUGCCACUGCAAUCUUAAGCAUGCACACAUACCCUUCAAGUUCACGCAGAAAUAAAGCACUGCCAGAACUUGUGUGAAGGAGGGUGUGUGGGUGUGUGAUCUCAAGCACUGAUUCAGUUACAUUCUGCUCACAGCUGAUCACUCAUCAUUUGGGAAAAGAGCACAAUUAUCAAUACUAGCAAUACAGUUACGUAUUGGCAAACGGCUACUAGACUCGGACUGGUGUGUGCCUCGUUCGUUAGGAAAGAUUCUGUGAUAUCUGAACCCAUCAUGGAAGUGUUACAGGCAUAUCA